AUGGGCUCCGCAAGGGACGAGCCCAUCGCGCAAAAGACCUCCCUCGGAUGGAUCCUGUCGGGCGGUCAUCGAGCCACGACACAAGCCGGCCAUACCGCCCAUCAAUGCACGAUCGACCGCCAGCUGACUGACUUGGUGCAGCUCUUCUGGGAGCAGGAAAAGGAGCCUGCCGUUCCCGUCGCUCUCAUCCCAGAGGAGAGAAGAUACGAGAACAUCUUCGCCCGCACGCACGUACACACCAGCACGGGACACUACAUCGCGAGACUUCCCUUCGCCAGCUCUCCGCCCUCUCUCACGGAAACCCGCGGGCCGGCCGAGCAUCUGCUCCACGCUAUGGAGCGCCGCUGCAACAAGGACGCUCAAUUCGGCAGCCUCUACCACAGCUUCAUGCGAGAAUACGACGACCUGCAACACAUGGAAGUUGUAGAUACUUCAUCCGACAAAUUGAACACCGCUAAGUGCUACUUACCGCAUCAUGGAGUGUUGCGAGAGACGAGCACUACCACGAAGCUCAGGGUCGUGUUCAACGGGUCUCAGCUCACGCCUCUGGGCACCUCACUCAACGCCAGUCUGCUGACUGGCGCCAAUCUCCUGCCAGUUCUCGCUGACGUACUCCUUCGUUGGCGCUGGCACCGCUACGUCUUUGUGGCAGACAUCGAGGAGAUGUACCGCCAAAUUCUCAUCCAUCCGGACGACCGCGAUCAUCAGCGGAUACUUUGGUGGCAUCGCGCCGCCAACGACAUCCGCGAAUACCGCUUACGAACGGUCACGUAUGGCUUGGCGUGCGCGCCAUUCCUCGUCAUACGGACCUUACACCAGCUCGCCGACGACGAAGGUCAACGAUUUCCGCGAGGAGCUGUCGCGCUGCGCCGCGAUACUUACGUGGACGACAUCGUGACCGGCGCGAGCACCCUCUCGGAGGCCACCUCAGCACAACGAGAACUCCGCAGCUUCUGCAUGGCGGGUGGGUUUCCGCUUCGGAAAUGGGUGGCCAACAACCUCAGCAUUCUGGACGGAGUUCCACACGAGCACCGGCUCACCCACUCACCUCACUCGUGGUCACACGAAAGCCACGCGACACUUGGUCUUCAUUGGCACCCGGUCAGUGACCACUUCACAUUUUCGGAACAGGCACGUCACUUUAACGAACUCACAAAACGGCGUGUCCUGUCCGAAACCGCUCGAAUGUUUGACCCGCUGGGCUGGUUCACUCCGGUCACAAUGCGGGCUAAAAUCUUGAUCCAGUCUGGCUCUAGAAACUGGACUGGGACACUCCUCUUCCAUCGACGGACGCGCUUGCCUGAAGGAACUUGCUCUCACAACUUCCACGCUUCAACGAGAUAA